AUGGAGCAGAGCAGAAGGCCGGACUGUGAGCGAACGUACUCGACGAGCAGCACCUUCGGCCGAGGCAAGAGGAGCAGGAGCCUGGCCCCUCAGUAGCAGCGAGUGGAGCUAGUCCUCCCUCUUCCUCUGGGGCCAGGCCUGCAGAAUGCUCAGUCCCCUCGCCCCAUACAGUCUGUUGAAGAUGCACUGGUCCCCGGAGCACGCUGCCUCUCUGUCCCAGUGGCCCGAACAGCACCUGGACGUGAGCUCCACCACCUCCCCCCCCUCCGCCCACAAACACGAGCCCUACUCCACCGCAGCCCGACGUGGAUACGGCCAGCCCGGCUACCCUUGGGCCAGCGACGACAUCUCUGCCCUCACUGCCUCCUCUCUGCUCAAAAGAUAUGCAGAGAAAUAUUCAGGUUUGGAGCUUUCUUACGACCGGCCUCCUCCAGCUGGGGCCUACACGGAGCCUGGGACUUUCCUAAAGACUGAACCCGAGCCGUGGGCACUGGGGCAGGGGGUGGAGUGCUACCCCGGUCUGGAGGGCUUGAGUAGCGGUAAGGUCGGCUCCCCUGCUGUUGGGAUCCCCGCGACUGGUAGCGUGACUGUCGUGAGUAACCUAACCUCUGAUACGGCGUACAGCGGAUCAUGCACCGCGCCCCCCACUCAGGAAUACCCCCCAGCUUACAACAGCGCCACCUAUCUGUCGUCUGGAUACUGCCCUCAACCUGGAACGUCUUUGCCCCCCGCGCCUCUCCACUCUCUCCAGCCUUCACCUGCCCUCGUGCCCAGCUACAGUGCCAGCGCUCCGGUUUACAACUACCCCCCCGGAUGCUAUCCUCAGUCGGGCUUGUCUAGUAGUUACAGCCAUCCCAGUGCCUCAUAUCUACCCUCUGGGAUCGGUGCUCCGACCCCCCUGGCGCCUAGACCCACCAUCGGAGGGAGCUAUAGUUACCCCUCUCAUAGCCUUGCGGGUACCUCCGAUCCGGGCGUACCGGUAAAACGCAAAGCUUUCGAGAUGUCCGAAGAGGGUCAAGGAGCAGCAGAUGGAGAGAAUUCCAGAUACAGGAAGUACGGGAAUGGUCACAGCAAAGGAAAUGGGUAUGACCUGACAAAAACGGUGAUGUCUCCCCCUUAUGGCGGGGCAGGGGACUACAGCCCACCGCCAGGAAUGCAAGGAGAGAAUGUAUCAGGUGACCACAGCUUUCCACAGCAGCGAAUGCCCAUGAAGAUACCAGCAACGCACGCGAGGCCCGACGACACCACUGGAGGGCACUAACUCGACACACUAUGAUUGAAACUUACCUCAGGUUGUGUUUAGAGCACCAAUGAAAGUGACUGAAAAAAAGAUUUAACGAUGUUGAUGUAUUCAAUUUUAGUAGCAAGAGACGAGGGAAUUACUAUUGCAAUGUUUUUCACUAUUCCUGUAUUUUCCAAAGAGGUCCAGGGUUGUGUUUUACCCUGUAGGGAUGAUCAGGGAAUGCUAGUUGGACACAGUUAGCGUUAAGACAGUCAAAAUGUCUUUUCUCAGGUUUGUCUAUUUAUUUCCAGGUUAAGGUUCACGAUAUUGUCAAAUAUGAUGUCCUAAUUUCAGAUGGAGGGCAGGGACCUGAUACGAUACUCUGCAGUGACAUCAUGCUGGGGGUGUUCUACAUGUCUGACUGUGGCCGAAUGUUUAUCAGUUACCAUGAUGACACAAAGCACACACAAUGCAAACACUGCCAAAGAGUUUUAAGAGUCUGAAAACUCAGCGAAAAAAUUCUAAAUGGAUUUAACCAGCACAUUUUCAGGAGCCUGUGAUCAGUCCGAGCGUUCAUGGUUCAGUUUAGGAGUUUGAUAUUCUACAAAAAGGUGAAAGUAACUAACUGAAAAACCCGCUGGCUAAUGCUAGCUAGCUUGUGAUUGUAAUGUUACUUGAGAGGGACUUGUUUAACUGCACAAAUCAGCUCACCUGUUGUAGUUGGAGCUUCAGAUAGAGCAGUGCCUCCGGUUAGCUUCACACCCCCAGGGAAUGUUGAUGAUAUCACUGAAAGAAAUAUCCAAACUGAAAACACACAAAUGUUAAACCUCAUCAUUAGAUUGCUUACUGAAUUGGGCCCAGUUCAUCCUAUAGCACUAGGUUUUAAUACUAUAGUGCAAAAAUGUUUUACCUUAAAGAGGGGGUAUUAUGCAAAUUUAUAACACUGUUCUCUCAUCAAAAACAUGUCUGAAGAGGUUUUAAAUCUCAUUCAUACAUGUUUAAGUGAUUUGGCGAUCUCUCCCGAGCCAAUUCUCCAUAAAUACAAGCAUGAUACAAAACAACACACUACAACUUCACAAACCUGAUGUGAUGUGCAGUAGUUUUGGUCGUGAAAUGAACGCUGAUUGUGUUGUGAUAGCAUUCUGAAUGGGAAGUAACUUAGUGCAGAAAGCAACGGGAGGGGCGAGUUAAAGAUGUUACUAAAUUUGUAUUGAAUAUAGCAUUUUCAAAACAAUAAAAGGAAACAGUGAUCGAAAUAUGUUAUGUGCUGCAGUAAAUAGCCCAUACAACUAAAACUACCCCCCCUUUAAUACCCCACCAAUGUAAAAUACCCCCCUGUCCUCCAGCUCUAUUUUAAACUAUGGGCAGUUUAUGAAAUUACGACAUCACAUGAACCGAUUUAACAGUUGUUGUUGGUUUUUUUUUUUUAAGAUUUUGGCUGCUAGGAGACAAGACAGAUAAAAUUUUACUAUACUCAACCAUACCUCAAAAGCAUUUCUGACCAAAAAUAUGAAAGCAAUAACUAUAGGAGGGACAACUUUAGCACAUUCACCACUUUACCUCGACGCUCAGGUCAGGGCCCAGUUUGGCUUUGACAUUUUAGUAUUUACAGAUUUUUGUGUUUUCCAAAUUUCUACCUCAUUUUUCAGUUUGUUGAAGAACUCUUUUCUUAUGUGUGUUAAUGCCCCCGCUUAUUGUUUAAUUAGGGAUGCACCGAUACUGAAAAAGUUCGUGGAUCAGAUAUCAGCUUAAAAAAAAUCGGUUCAGUCGAUAUCUUGGUUGGAAAUAUGAAUUGAUGUAUUUGAACUAUUUCCUGGUCGUAGUCGGCCCAGAAAGUCUCAUGUUUGAAUUUUUAUUCAUACAAAGUUGUUCUGUUGUUACUUGAGGCAUGAAGAACAGCUACACAACACAUUUAGAUCAGUUUUGUCUAUAGACUGUUUAUGGAAAUGGAUGUAGCUAACCUGCUAGCUGCCACGUUCUAACAUAAGGCUCCAAUUCACUUACUAUUGAAAAACUUCUGUCAGACUCGUCAAUUUGGUCUUAAAAUGUUUGUGUUAACCCGCUCUACAUGAUCCUGGAGUUUUUAUUUCGCCAUUGUGUCCGUAACUCAAGAUAUGAACAUUAAUAACAGACAAAUCAGGCACUUUCUUUCUCCCGCUUGCAUUAGAAACAGGUUUGAUUGACAGUGUUGCUAAGCGCCCGCUCCCUGCUAAACCAGUGGUGCUGGCGGAAAGGGGCGUUACCUUCAACAGCCUCACUCUGGAUUGGCUCUUUGGUUGCUAUGAUACUUGUGGUCAGAAUUCCAAAUAUGGGGCUCAACUCCAGAUUAGCCGCUAUAACUCCUAGCCUCGAUGAGCUUCAUUUGACUGGAGCUGAACGCUGCGGGUGACGUCACACUCACUUAGUCCACUUUUUUAUAUAGUCUGUAGUUUUGUCUCAUUUUAUUUUACUUUUAAUUAAAUAAAUGCUAUUUUCAGUCUCUGCUCUGGUAUCGGGCAAACACUUAAAAUUAUAAUAACAGAAACUGCUGGAUCGGUGCAUCUCUAAUUUUAAUGGGUUGUGCUUCAGUUCAAGUCAACCUGCAGAUUAUGCUGUUUCCAGACUUAAAGGUGUACUAUGUAACUUUUCAAGUGGACCGUCUUCCACUUUCUUCAUGGCCACAUAAUUGCUUUGGGCUUUGGGCAUUGAGCUUACCAGUGCCCAGGGAGUUAUCGGUCAUAUCUGUAGAGAGGCAAGCCCAGUCACUGUAAUUUUACUUAAAGGUAUUUUUGAGCAGUAUAAACAGCCGUAAUGAAAUAAAUGUUAGCUAGAUGGCACAGAAAAGUUACAGAAUACAUCUUUAACCAGUAUUUCCAUUUUCAUGUUCUGAUUCUGAUAUAGAAUGAAGUGUACACCUACCUCUAUGUGUAAGCAAUGGUUCAACUAGUUUGAAUGUGUCCAGUUUUCUUUUUAUCUGAAUUAUUUCUAUUGUUAUUCCACAUACAGAACAAAACUGUAUUAAUUGGGCAAAACGGUCACUAUUUACAACAUUUUUUUUUUUUUGGCCAAAUCUCAAUUCAAAAAACAUUGUUUUAAAACUAAAGUCUCCAAAUUUAAGAUUCAAAUUCAUGCAGAUUACGAUUCUAACUCUUGCUUAUAUUAUAAUCUUUUGCAUUAAUUUCCCUCUGAAAAUGGUUGAUUUUUUGUUGUUUAAAUGAAUACUCAGGAAGAAUUUUGUUACCUCAAAAUGAAAAUCGAAUGUAUGAUAUGGCUUUGUUGGUGCAGUUUAGGAAUGUGGGGUUCUAUGAGCUUUAGGGGCCCAAGGAAGAGGAAUCAAACUUUAAAGUCUUCAGGGAAAUUAUAAGGCCUUUUAAUGAAUGCUAGACUUUACAUACAUUUACAUUAUACAUUAUAUACGCACAUAUGAACACAAGUGGUUCUCAGACUUGUACCACCAACUGUAGGACUAAACGAGGGCUAAACCAGGACUGAACCAGGACUGAACCAGGACUGAACCAGGACUGAACCAGGACUGAACCAGGACUAAACCAGGACUGAACCAGGACUGAACAGGGACUACUUUUUAAUGCAUGCUAGACUUUACAUACAUAUUAUAUUAUAAGCACAUAUGAAUAGACAAGUGAUUAUCAAACUAGGACUAAGCCAGAAGAAUUUAUUAAGGACUAAACAAAGUCUAAACUGGGACUUGUUAGGGACUAAACCAGAGCAAAAAAGGGCUAAACCAUGAUGAAGACUAACCAAAGACUAAACCGAGAUCACAUGCAGUUAAAGACUAAGCUAGGUGUAAACUCUGACUAAACCUCAGUCUAAACCAGGACUACAACAAGUUUAAGACUGAGCUUAUCCAAAAAUACAUCCACGGCUAAACCAGGCAACUCUACAAAUUAGGACCUAACUAGGACUAAAACUAGACUAUGACGAACUAACUUGUUGCAAAACCUAGGACUACACUAGAACUAAACCAAGACUAGAACUAGGACCCGGACCACCGCUUGAGAACCGCUCACACACACCCAAACACGCUGCUUUUCUGUGGGGAAAACCACGGCCUGAAACGAUGAAUGUAUCACAUGUUUUUUAUGGGUAAUUUUCAUGCCAUAAUUUUCAUCAGUGAGGUUUGUAGAGAAACAAAACCUAUUUUCUUCGUGUAGAGAUGUAAUUCUUAGUUUUUUUGUUUUUGUUUUGAGAAAUGAAAUUAAAUUGAAUGCUAUAUUACGUGUUAGUCUAUAGUAAACAGUGGGGAGAACAAGGUUUUGUGGAUGUGGAAGCAAAGCACUCCAAAACAUAUCAAACGAACAAAUGUCUUAAAUAUAUAUAAAUAUAUAUAUAUGAUGUUCAGUGUUUGUCAGUAUUUUUACAUGCGCGUUCUUCACAAUGACACCAACUAUUUUCAUUUACAACUUGUGCCAUAGGUUCAACAACAGGACGAUAUGUGUGCAUGUAUACACACACACACACACACACACACACGGCCUGGUCAUUAUGAACACCCAGCCACGACGAACCUGCUACUAGUCACAUCAUUACAGAUCAUGAUUAAGACCUAACCUAACCCAGGUCUAACCUACGUCUAAACCAGGUCUAACCCAGGUCUAACCUACGUCUAAACCAGGUCUAAACCAGGUCUAAACCAGGUCUAAACCAGGUCUAAACCAGGACUACACCAGGUCUAAACCAGGUCUAAACCAGGACUACACCAGGACUAAACCAGAACUAAAUCAGGUCUAAACCAGGACUUAACUAGGUCUAAACCAGGAAUAAACCAGGAAUAAACCAGGUCUAAACCAGGUCUAAACCAGGACUAAAACAGAAAAAGACUAGGACUAAAUACAGGAGUAGUCUAAAAGCAUGGUUCCAGGUGUUCCUAAUGAAGCGGCCAGGCAGUGUUUACACCAGAACGUGACAUUUUUGAGUAAAAUCAACUUAUUUUAUCUCAAAUUGAAUCUUUUAACAACAUAAAAUAUUUUCCCCAAUAUCAAAUUGUGAGAACAUUUUUUUUUUUAAUCUUUCACUAAAACAAAAAAAAUCUAUUGAAAAUUGGCCCCAUAUUUUGAAAUCCAGCGCUUAGCAAACGUCCAAAGCUCUUGUUCAAAGCCAGACGCAGAUUGUGCUUGGAUCAAAUCAUUUUUGUAUUUGAAGUGUUCAGCCUAUGGAAUCAUAUUUGUACAUUUUAAACUGUACAUUUGUGUGACCAUCUCUACCUCAUUAUGUAGAAGAUGCCGCUCAUGGACGAUAUUUAUUUCAUAUGUUUCAGUUGCCAGUUUUUGAGUUAAGAGUGUUUAGCCUACCUCACAAAAAGACUGUUGUUGUCCUGAAAAAUGAAGAUAUCCAACCAAAA